AAGUGACGCAGGGCGACAAGCGACCGGAAGUUACGUGAGAUUGUGUACAUUCGGUGGAGUAGCGCGUGAGGCUCGAAAGCCGAAGUGUGAUUAAGACAGCAGCUGUUAAUUUACAGGAGGACGAGCGCUCAGAGAUGCACAUUUCGGUCUGCACAGCCAGUUCCACCCUGGCACUGAAGAGAUGCACGACGUGCUGCUCGCAGUUCCACUGCCCGCUGUGUGCGGUCGGCAACUUUAAACCCACCAAGUUUUCCAGAGCAGAGCGGCACUUGAAAUUGCACUUCACAAACGGCCUCGUCUACAACGGUUAUACGAUCUGCAAAUGCAACCUGUCCUGUAGAAAAAGAAGCCACUUCCACUGCCCCAAGUGUGCCAAGACCAUCUUGCGAAAGCAUAACAUGAUUGCACACCUGAAAGGCUGUCGAGGUACCAGCUCAGGGCCGGCCUCUGUGUCCUCAGCUGAAGGUCAGACGCCCGCUCCUACUUUGUCACUUACUAAAACGGGCCACUUAGUGGUCUAUCAGACUCCAAAACUGGCACUGGAGAUGCCUGGAGCUGACGCCCAAUACCAGACUGCUGUGCCUGCUAUGCACCCAGAAAUGGAGGAAUACUCCUACAGAGACGAUGGCCUUUGUGACGAGGAGGACUUGGAAACCCGACUUUCAGAGACGCGUGCAAACUCGAAGAGAGAUAUCACGGUGUUUUCCCAUUUGCCAAGUGUGUGCUUAGAUGCCAACAACGGGAUAGCUGCGGUGUGCAGGACCAUGGAAGAAUUUUGCAUGCCUGUUCACGUCCAGUACAAGACUUGGGGCAAUGCCCAUCAGAUCCGGUGCGAGCUGGAGGAAUGCCGACAGUCCCACGUUCUAGCCGAGAGGAGCGGCUUCCUUUUCCGACUUUGUGAACACGUCCGCUCCCUUGAUUACUGUACACAGACGGCCACCGAGGUGCGGCUUGACAAGACGGUUCUGGAGGAAAUGGCGACGAGUAUCCGGUUUGGGGAAGUAAAAACGGAGGAGUGCUUGAAGCGGCAGAAAGCCGCCCAGGAGGCACGGGUCCCAUUUUCUGUGGAAGUGGAUUUGGAGAUGCCCGCAGGUCACUACUGCCUGUCUGUCCAUGAACCCCAAGUGAAACAACACUGCCUGCUUGGGAGGGUCUUUGUGGUGUACAACGCUAAGACCAACACAUGGAUCUGCUCCUGCGCCAAGCCACGCCGGCUGGCCUGCCCCCAUAAGUACAUCGCCAAGUGGCAUCUGUUUCAAACGAGAAAAAAACUCUUUAAGGUAGAAUUGAAAAUGGCGGCAGGGGAACAAGUGGCAGGCCUGAGGCCUUGGAGUCCGGAGCAGGUGCAGAGACAGUCUGGUGAUCGACGGCUGGGGGUCCUCCGCGACGGACGAGACUGUCACUCUUUACUACUUGGAGAAGCAGAGACUCUGGACCUCGGGAUCUUGCCCGAAUUUGUCUUUGGAGAAUACCUUGGCGGCGCCAUCAAGCAGCUAAGGACGGACACGGCGAGCGCCAUACUAGAGAAGCUGUCGGGCCUCAGCAAGUCCGGGCAGGCGGCCCCCCUACUCGAAGAGGUGGUGAGUGAAGCAAUGGAGCUCGUCGUCAACCACCUGAUGGGCCUGGCGGAGGAGCGCUUCACCCACCUACAGCUGGAGAUCUCGGCCCGAGAUGAAGAGAUUGAGGGUCUUAAAGUGCAACUGAGAGGGGAGCAUCGGCACCACAGCUGGGAGCCCGGGGGAGGAUCAUCUUCAGAAUUAAGUGACUGCUUACAAGUUGAAGACUCCAACAGCCCCCAGACUCCAGAAAUGCUUCACGCAAAAGUAUGUGCCACCUCAGGACAGAGUCCGAAAAAACAAAAGGCAGUCCUAGGAAAAAGACAACGGAAGAACAGCUGGACAGAUGGCAGUGAAGUCUCAUGGAAACUGGACCAAGGACAACAGGCCCGAGUGCAGUGGUCAUCAGGCGUGGAGGUAGCAGAAGAGGCCCAGAUGGUCUCCACUCCCAGUAACUGUACUGGAACAGUUGAUCAAAGCUCUCCGUAAAAGUAUUUAUCUUCAGUGUUGUUUGUUUCUAACCUUCCUCUGCUCUUUAAGCGAUUACUGUAGAAACUUUCUACAAAUUCUCUUUACUGUUCUUGAAAUAUCACACUGCUGAAAGUUUUAUAAUUCAUCUGGCCUAAUAAAAAAAAAAAAAAAAAAAAAG